UUACCAUGGUUUAUGUUAAUGCAAUGAACUGUUGAACCACUGUAGGGUCAAGAGAAAUAAGAUAACAACAGAGGAAGUAUUUCCUGAAAAAACAUAGUACAAGGAACUAAAUCAGCAUGUCCCUUCAUUUCCUCUUGCCCUACCAGUUUAAAAGAAUGUUUUCCUCAUAACAGCAUUCCAACGGCUACACGACAGGGAUUGUUCGAGUGUGUUUAGAGUUGACAGUGAGAUGUGUGGAUUAAAGUUUGCUGGUCAAUUAGUUUUGUUUUUUAACAUCUAUUUUUAACUCAUUAUAUUUUCAUGUUCCACGUUCUAUGGGGAAUGUACAUGUCAUUGUUCUUAGUGCUUCUUUUUGCUGUUGGAUGCAACGGCCUCCAUGUCCAAGGCCCCUCUGGUCCUCUUGUAGCCCAGCUAGGAGACACAGUCCUACUUCCCUGCUUUUCUCAGAUCCACCUGCCUCUGGAGGGUCUGCAGGUGGAAUGGAGAAAAGCAGAUUCAGAAUCUCUGGUGAUCCUCUUCCAGCAAGGAGAAAUCAGACCUGAUCUACAGAGUCAGUCCUUUAGGGAUAGAGUCCACCUCUUCCCAGAUGAGAUAUCCAAAGGGAACUUCUCCAUCCUGCUCAACAAUGUGGUCAGAAAUGAUACUGGAGUUUACCGGUGUAAAGUCAGUACAACCCAAGAGUCCAGUGAAACUGAGGUGGAGCUUAAAGAUAUUGAGGAUCUGGUUAAAGGGGCCGACCAUGCUAUCUUUGCCUCGGUGGGUGAGGAGGUAAUACUGAACUGUUCUGUAGACUCUAAUUUACCAGCCCACAUGAUUGAAGAAGUGUCCUGGAAAAAGAGAAGUCAAGACCAAGACGACCUUAUCCUGUUCUUUCAAGACAAUGAGGUCUUCCUUUCUCAUGAAAGUUAUCAGGAAAGAGCCGAGCUCUUUAUCCCUGAAAUCCCCAAAGGUAACUUCUCGCUGAAGGUAAAGAAUGUGAAGCUGGAGGAUAAAGGAGAGUUCAUAUGUGAGGUCCACACUAGUGACUGGUCAGCACAUACUACUGUGGUUCUGCAGAAACUAGGUUUCUCCACGAGCCAAAUAUUGAUCUUGGUGCUGUGCUUUAUUGCACUGCAGCUUUCAGUGGGACUUUGUGUUCCUGUUUUCAUCCUGUUGAAAAAUAAAGCUACUAGUGGAAAAGUUAUGCACGCUUCACUGAUCCUCUGUCCAAACAUCUGCAUAUUUGUUGCUUUCAUCUUAUGGUCAACAGACGGGUCUCUGAUUGAGAUUGUGACUUGUUCAACAGUCAGUAUCUUACGGCCCCUUAUGCUGAUGAAGACCUUUCCCCAUCUUGACCGAUUUCCUAAGCGCUUGGCAACAACAGUGAAGGCUUUGGUUGUUCCAGUGUACCACUCAAUUAUAACUAUCACUGCAUGUUCAAUUUUUUCACAAAGCAUUCGCCAAAUACAAACAGGAAGUGAACAUAUAUUGACCGUAAUGGUAGUACUAGAAGGCAUGUGUUCCAUUGGUGCUGGAGUAUUAGCUGGUUGUUCUCUCCGAAUGCAUUCGACUGUGGUUCUACAAAUAUGCAAUGGUGCUGUGCUGGGUUUUAUUUUAAUCAUCCGAAGCAAAGAACAUUUUCAACAGAGUUUUCUGAUUCCUUCAAUACUGGUUCCGAUUAUCAUAGGAAUUAUGAUGGUCCUCACUCUGCAAAGGCACUACUUUCAGGGAAAACCCUUUAGAUGUCUCCAUAUUGUUCUAUCAUCUACUAUUCUGACAAUAUUCAACCUGGCUGAGCUCAGUGUUUAUAUUCUCAUCGGUAUCUCCACAAAUAAUUUUACUACAGCUUGGUAUCUUCCGCUUGAGGCUGUAAUACAUGCUGUUGCAUGGCUAUCAAUGAUUUUCCUGUUGCGCUGUAAUAGAUGUCAAAAACAAAGAUGCCACUUUGUAAAGAGAGGAAUAGGAUAUGUGUGUUGCACUGUGAUUACUGCAGCUCUAAUCAUUACAUUUGGCGUUCUGUGUGUUUAUUAUGUAAACCUUCACAUGGAAAAUGACAAAGAUCGUGCUGGAUACAUGGCUUUGACUGCAUUCCUCCAUGUCCUGUCAACAAUAUCCCUCUUCAAACAUCCAAAACAUUUGCCUGAUCUUCCUCACAUUCUGAUCUACAUGUUUGGAGCCGUAGGACUGAAUAUUGUAAAUUCUAUCACUCUAAUCACAGAACUGAGCCUGAAAGCAGACAAAGGAGCACCGACUUUACAAGACCUACGUGUGAUUGUCGUACCAUUUGAAACGAUCUUUGUCUCUGCAUGGCUUGCUUUGCAAAUCUAUCAUUUCUGGAUGGGAACAAGACACAGAAUAAAGCAAAACUUUGAGGAUCAAAGGGAAGCAGGAGCUCAGGAUCCUCAAGCGAUGGUGGCUCUGUCUCCCUCUGUGCCGAAACCUUCUGACCCCUCUGAGGAUGAUCCGUCACCUUGAAUGGGCACUGAUUUCACAAGUGUAAGGAGCAAGUAUCAGCAGAUGUUCACCAUCCCUAGAAACAUCGAGAACCUGGAUAAAGUCACAAGAAGUUAAAUACAGAGAUUAUUUGAAAAGAUGCCUGAUAUUCACUUUGGAUUGUCUGGUAGUGGCUCAGCACCGAUAACAGAUUCUGCAUUCCGUUGCUUUUUUUUCUGGUCUUUAAAUUCAAUUCAAUGUUUCUCUCAUGCAUAUGCACAAGAAAUGACCUCACAGAAAGAAGUCAGUACUUGAGGUGGUUUUCUUGGUAACGGUGGACAAGUAAACAAAAAAAACAAAGCAUUAUUUCUUAUUCUGAGAGGCUUUGAAUGAGAUGCUGGCAGAAAACUUUGUGGGGUCUGAUGGCAGUUAACUCCAUCCUAGAGAACUUCUGAGGAAUGCGACGAUGGCUAAAGCUACUCUUGGAUUUCACUCCUUGGAGGAUUUGAGCAAAAUCAUUCAAAAUGAUCUCUAGACUUGCUACCUUCCUCUUCUCAGUCAGUGCCUCCAGUAAGUCUACAGCCAGUCCUGGAAUAGUCAAAGUCAUAGAUCAGUCAAAUCAUGUGAUUCAGAAGACGAGAGUCAUUUUGACGUUAUAAUGCAGAUUUUUACUGUGUAAAAAAAGCAAAAAACACACUCCUUGUGUAUGUUUGCAAAGAGCCCUUGCAACAAUGGACAGAAACUGCCAGGAGAAUGUAAUUAGCAGUUUUCCAGAAAAACACAGAGGGACAUUGGCCAAGUGAAAACUUAAGGUACUUUGUAUUUUAGGUCAAAGGGUCUUGCACUAAAAUUUUCUUUCUGUGUCAUGGUUUCAUAGUUUUGUAAAUAAAACCUGAAAAAAAUG